AUGGCGGCGGCUCCGGCGGAGGCGGAGACCCGGCAGCGGCUGCUGCGCACCGUCAAGAAGGAGGCUUCUGUUCAACAGGUGAAGCAGAUCAUGGAGGAGGCGGUGACGAGGAAGUUUGUGCAUGAGGACAGCAGCCACAUCAUCUCCUUCUGUGCUGCUGUGGAAGCCUGUGUCUUGUACGGCUUGAAGCGGAGGGCGGCAGGAUUCCUGCGCAGCAACAAGAUAGCAGCUCUGUUUAUGAAGGUGGGAAAGAGCUUUCCUCUGGCAGAGGAGCUUUGCAAGAAAGUGCAAGACCUGGAGCAGCUCAUUGAGAAUGCACGAAAUCAAGUCCAGGGCAUCCCGGAGAAUGUGCGCAAGGUGCCGAAGCUACCCAACCUGUCUCCUCAAGCCAUCAAGCACCUCUGGAUCCGCACAGCCCUCUUUGAAAAGGUGUUGGAUAAAAUCGUGCAUUACUUGGUAGAAAACAGCAGUAAGUACUACGAGAAAGAAGCUCUCCUGAUGGAUCCUGUGGAUGGGCCAAUUCUUGCAUCUUUAUUGGUGGGGCCCUGUGCGCUGGAGUACACGAAGAUGAAGACGGCUGACCACUUCUGGACAGACCCCUCAGCUGACGAGCUGGUUCAGAGGCACCGGAUCCACAGCUCGCACUGUCGCCAGGACUCGCCCACCAAGCGCCCGGCGCUCUGCAUUCAAAAAAGGCAUUCGAGUGGCAGUAUGGAUGACCGGCCAUCACUGUCUGCCAGGGACUACGUGGAGUCGCUGCACCAGAAUUCCCGAGCCACACUCCUCUACGGCAAGAACAACGUCCUCGUGCAGCCGCGAGAUGACAUGGAGGCAAUCCCGGGAUAUCUGUCCCUUCACCAGACUGCCGACAUCAUGGCGCUGAAGUGGACUCCCAACCAGCUGAUGAACGGCUCUGUGGGGGAUCUGGACUACGAGAAGAGCCUAAGCUCUAAAACUUCCCAGUGUCAAGACGUGACCGAGGAAGAGAGGAGUCAGAUGACAAACGUGUACUGGGACUAUGCCAUGACUAUUCGCCUGGAGGAGAUCGUCUAUUUGCACUGUCACCAGCAAGUAGACAGCGGUGGAACGGUUGUCUUGGUGAGCCAGGAUGGGAUUCAGAGGCCCCCGCUGCGGUUCCCCAGAGGAGGGCACUUACUGCAGUUCCUGUCCUGCCUGGAGAACGGCCUCCUGCCCCACGGGCAGCUGGAUCCACCCCUCUGGUCGCAGCGGGGAAAGGGGAAGGUGUUUCCCAAGCUGAGGAAGCGAAGUCCCCAGGGCUCCUCUGAGUCCGCGUCCGACAAGGAAGAUGACGAAGCCACAGAUUACGUUUUCAGAAUAAUCUACCCAGGGACACAGUCUGAAUUCGUUACCAUUAAUGGUAAUUUUCAUCCAUUCCUUGCGUCUGUGAUCUCCAUCACUGCUGUGAGAGGGAAGAUCGCGAGGACUCCAGCUGCAAGCAAGAUGGUGGUGAUCCCUAAAUGGUUUCCGAGUCUCCUCAUCACGUCCCGACCUCCCCUUGCCACACUGGGGUCCACUCGGCAUCAGUUGCCCCAGGACCUGAUGGACACGCCGGGUGCUGGCCUGCCUCCCAUGUGGCAACCCAGCACCCGCAAGUCCUCCUGCUCCUCCUGCUCUCAGAGUGGCUCCUCUGACGGUGGGCCAUCCAACGGCUGCAGCCACGAAAGAGCUCCGCUGAAGCUCCUGUGUGACAAUAUGAAGUACCAAAUCCUCUCCCGGGCCUUCUACGGCUGGCUGGCCUAUUGCAGACACCUCUCCACGGUGCGAACCCACCUAUCUGCCCUGGUUCACCACAACAUCGUGUCUCCUGAUGUGCCCUGCAAUGCCAGCUCGGGACUGACUGUGGACAUAUGGCAGAGAUACCUGCAGGACAGCACGAGUUACGAGGACCAGGAGCUGCUGCGGCUGAUCUACUAUGGCGGGAUCCAGCAUGAGAUCAGGAAGGCUGUCUGGCCCUUCCUUUUGGGUCAUUAUCAGUUUGGGAUGACGGAGGCAGAGAGGAAAGAGGCUGACGACCAGAUCCGCACGUGCUACGAGCACACCAUGGCGGAGUGGCUGGGCUGCGAGGCCAUCGUCCGGCAGCGGGAGAAGGAGUCGCACGCGGCAGCUCUGGCCAAGUGCUCCUCCGGGGCCAGUCUGGAUUCCCACAUUCAGAGGAUGAUGCACAGGGACUCGACGAUCAGCAAUGAGUCUUCGCAGAGCUGCAGCUCUGGCCGACAGAAUCACGCGCGGCUGCAGAGCGACUCCAGCUCUAGCACGCAGGUGUUUGAAUCCGUUGAUGAAGUAGAACAGACUGAAGCAGAUGCUCAGCUGGAAGAUGGCAAACAAAGCAAGAUCCCCAACGGGACGGUUCCCAAUGGCACGUGUUCCCCUGAUUCUGGCCACCCCUCUUCCCAGAACUUCUCCAUCGCAUCGGGAUUCUCGGAGCGCAGCUUCAGCAACGAGGACAGUGCCCUGGAAACCAACAAAUCCUCGGCCAGCUCUCAGGGAAAGGCCGGUGGGUCUGAUGUGCCAGGCCCACAGGACCCAGAUGGUGCCCGGCAGGAGGAGAAGCUGCAGGGCCAAGACAGCCUGGAAGGUGAAUUUCCCACCGGUGGAAGCGUGGACUUUGUUCCUGUGGGUGAGAGCUCGGCAGGGGUCCUGCGUGAUCGUGACGCUGUGGCCCUGACUGUGGUAGAGAGCUGGGCAGACAGCGAAGCUGAAAAGCAAAGCUUGGUGGAGAGUGAAGAUAACCUCUCUGAGGAGCCGGAGAUGGAGAGUUUGUACCCGCAGCUGGGUUCUCUGGCUGUAGCUGAUCUGGCCAACGGCGAAGCGUCUGCUGUCUCCUCGACGGGUGUCACCUACUCUCCAGAGCUACUGGACAUGUACACGGUGAACCUGCACCGCAUUGAGAAGGACGUGCAGCGGUGUGACCGCAACUACUGGUACUUCACCCCUGCCAACCUGGAGAAACUCCGCAACAUCAUGUGCAGCUACAUCUGGCAGCACAUUGAGAUUGGCUACGUGCAGGGGAUGUGUGACCUGCUAGCCCCUCUCCUGGUCAUCCUGGAUGACGAGGCUCUGGCUUUCAGCUGUUUCACCGAGCUUAUGAAGAGGAUGAAUCAGAACUUCCCCCACGGAGGAGCCAUGGACACCCACUUCGCCAACAUGAGAUCUCUGAUCCAGAUUCUGGACUCUGAGCUCUUUGAGCUGAUGCACCAGAACGGUGAUUACACUCACUUCUACUUCUGCUACCGAUGGUUUCUCCUGGACUUCAAGAGAGAGCUGGUGUAUGAUGACGUGUUCGCCGUCUGGGAGACCAUCUGGGCAGCUGCACACGUUUCCUCUGCACACUAUGUGCUCUUCAUAGCCCUGGCUUUGGUGGAAAUGUACCGGGACAUAAUCUUGGAGAACAACAUGGAUUUUACAGACAUCAUCAAGUUUUUCAACGAAAUGGCUGAGCGGCACAACACCAAGCAGAUCCUGAAGCUGGCUCGGGACCUUGUCUAUAAAGUCCAGACUCUGAUCGAGAACAAAUGA